CGCUGCUGCAACCGGUCAUAGUUGUCUCAGACGCAAUGGCUUCAAGGUUACUUCGGGGCGCUGGUGCUCUGGCGGUCCAGGCCUUGAGAGCCUGCGGCCCGGCUCGGGCAGUCGCUCGUUCCAUGGCAACAGGAGGAGGAAUCCCUUCUGAUGAGGAGCAAGCUACUGGCUUGGAGAGGGAGAUUAUGCUGGCUGCAAGAAAUGAUUUGGAUCCAUACAACAUGCUAGCCCCAAAGGCAGCUCCAGGCACUAAGGAGGAGCCCAACCUGGUCCCUUCCAUCACUGACAAGCGAAUAGUGGGCUGUAUCUGUGAAGAGGACAAUAGUGCAGUCAUCUGGUUCUGGCUUCACAAAGGUGAAACACAGCGUUGCCCUAACUGUGGAACCCAUUACAAGCUGGUACCUCAGCACAUGGGCCACUGAGCCCCUGGAUUGGUUUACUUGAGAUAUGUUGUAAUGUUUUCUUCCCUCCAAUAAAAGACUAGCCAUUGCCAUUCCUGGCUCUCCCAGAA